GUGCCUGGGGAGCGCGCACGCAAGGGGCUGGCUUGCCCGCGGCGCGGGGGAAAGUUGAGUUGCAAGAAGUUGAGAAGGACGGGGGCGCGCUCUAGGGUGGGCACGGGGGUCAUUGUCGGGAGCGCGCAAGGGCGCUGAAAAAGCCGAAAAGUCCCCAAGACCCCAAGAGAGCUAAAUUCAGAGCUAGCGGGUUAUGCCGCCGCCUUGUUGCUCUGAAAGCCGCAUCUGUAGUGAAAAGGGCUAAGUUUUGGCCAUGAGCAGCGCCCCUCGGUGCCCCGCAGACACUUUCUGCUCCCCAGAGCCAGAGAGCUUGAGCCCUGGGACACCUGGGUUCCCGGAGCAGGAGGAGGGCGAGCUCCACCGCACCCUGGGCGUAGAGCGCUUUGAGGAAAUCCUCCAGGAGGCCGGGUCUCGAGGAGGAGAGGAGCCAGGACGCAGCUAUGGGGAGGAGGACUUUGAGUACCACCGCCAGUCUUCCCACCACAUCCACCACCCACUAUCUACACACCUGCCCCCGGAUGCCCGCCGCCGCAAAACCCCACAGGGCCCAGGAAGGAAACCGAGAAGACGGCCUGGAGCCUCCCCUACUGGGGAAACCCCCACUAUUGAAGAGGGAGAGGAAGAUGAGGAUGAGGCCAGUGAGGCUGAGGGGGCCCGGGCACUUACCCAGACAUCCCCUCUCUCCUCCCCCUCUUCGGUCCAGUUCUUCCUACAGGAGGAUGAUAGUGCUGACCGGAAGGCAGAAAGGACCAGUCCCUCUCCCCCUUCACUACUGACACACCAGGAGGCCCAGCCUGGGCCCAAAGGUGCCCCGACUGGAGCCCUGGUGGAAGAGGUGGCAGCAGUGACCAGCGGAACAGCUGGGGGUGACGACGGGGGUGCCUCAGGGCGCCCUCUGACUAAAGCUCAGCCUGGACAUCGCAGCUACAACCUUCAGGAGAGGAGGCGCAUUGGGAGCAUGACCGGGGCUGAGCAGGCCCUGCUGCCCCGGGUCCCCACAGAUGAGAGUGAGGCCCAGACGCUGGCCACAGCCGACUUGGACCUCAUGAAAAGUCAUCGGUUCGAGGAUGUUCCUGGUGUGAGGCGGCACUUGGUGCGGAAGAACGCCAAAGCGUCUGUGCCAGGCAGCCGGGAAGGGCGGGAGCCUGGCCCCACACCUCGGUCCCGGCCUCGAACCCCCCAUAAGCCUCAUGAGGUAUUUGUGGAGCUGAAUGAAUUGUUGUUGGACAAGAACCAAGAGCCUCAAUGGCGGGAGACAGCUCGCUGGAUCAAAUUUGAGGAGGAUGUGGAGGAGGAGACAGAGCGCUGGGGGAAACCCCAUGUGGCCUCCCUGUCCUUCCGAAGUCUCCUGGAACUCCGCAGGACCCUGGCCCAUGGGGCUGUGCUCUUGGACUUGGACCAGCAGACACUGCCUGGGAUUGCCCACCAGGUAGUGGAACAGAUGGUUAUUUCCGACCAGAUCAAGGCGGAGGAUCGGGCCAAUGUACUUCGGGCCCUGCUGCUGAAACACAGUCACCCAAGUGAUGAGAAGGAUUUCUCCUUCCCCCGAAACAUCUCAGCUGGUUCACUGGGCUCCCUGCUGGGCCAUCAUCAUGGCCAUGGGGUGGAGAGUGACCCCCACGUCACCGAGCCUCUCAUAGGAGGUGUUCCUGAGGCCCGCCUGGAGGUGGAACGAGAGCGAGAGCUGCCUCCUCCUGCCCCACCUACCGGCAUCACCCGCUCCAAGUCGAAGCAUGAGCUGAAGCUACUGGAGAAGAUCCCAGAGAAUGCAGAAGCGACUGUGGUCCUUGUAGGGUGCGUGGAGUUCCUGUCCCGGCCCACCAUGGCCUUCGUGCGCCUUCGAGAGGCGGUGGAACUGGACGCAGUGCUUGAGGUGCCAGUGCCUGUGCGCUUCCUCUUCCUGCUGCUGGGCCCCAGCAGUGCCAACAUGGACUACCAUGAGAUCGGACGCUCCAUCUCCACCCUCAUGUCAGACAAGCAAUUCCACGAGGCAGCCUACCUGGCGGAUGAGCGGGAGGACCUGCUGACUGCCAUCAAUGCCUUUUUGGACUGCAGCGUGGUGCUGCCACCUUCUGAGGUGCAGGGCGAGGAGCUGCUACGCUCUGUGGCCCACUUCCAGCGCCAGAUGCUCAAGAAGAGGGAGGAGCAGGGCCGCCUAUUGCCCCCUGGGGCUGGGCUGGAGCCCAAGUCUGCCCAAGACAAGGCGCUCCUGCAGAUGGUAGAAGCAGCAGGCACAGCUGAAGACGAUCCCCUUCGUCGGACGGGCCGGCCCUUUGGGGGCUUGAUUCGCGAUGUGCGUCGUCGCUACCCACACUACCUGAGUGACUUCCGGGACGCACUCAACCCCCAGUGUCUGGCUGCGGUCAUCUUCAUCUACUUUGCCGCCCUGUCUCCUGCCAUCACCUUUGGUGGACUACUUGGAGAGAAGACACAAGACUUGAUCGGGGUGUCAGAGCUGAUCAUGUCCACAGCGCUCCAGGGGGUGAUCUUCUGCCUGCUAGGGGCUCAGCCGCUGCUGGUGAUCGGCUUCUCGGGCCCGCUGUUGGUCUUUGAGGAAGCCUUCUUUUCAUUCUGUAGCAGCAACAACCUGGAGUACCUGGUGGGCCGAGUGUGGAUUGGCUUCUGGCUGGUGCUUCUGGCUCUGCUCAUGGUGGCCCUGGAGGGCAGCUUCCUGGUGCGCUUUGUCUCUCGCUUCACUCAGGAGAUCUUCGCCUUCCUCAUCUCUCUCAUUUUCAUCUACGAGACCUUCUACAAACUGGUGAAGAUCUUCCAGGAGCAUCCACUGCAUGGCUGCUCAGUCUCCAACAGCUCAGAGGCCGAUGGCGGCGAGAAUAAGACAUGGGCUAGGGCAGGAGCAGUGCUGGGGCCAGGGAACGGGACCGCCAGGCACCCUGGGCAGGCGAGGCCUCAGGGUCAGCCCAACACAGCCCUGCUGUCGCUGGUGCUCAUGGCUGGCACUUUCUUCAUCGCCUUCUUCCUGCGAAAAUUCAAGAAUAGCCGGUUCUUCCCCGGCCGGAUCCGGAGGGUGAUCGGGGACUUCGGGGUGCCCAUUGCAAUUCUCAUCAUGGUGCUUGUGGAUUACAGUAUUGAAGACACCUACACACAGAAAUUAAGCGUACCCAGUGGGUUCUCAGUGACAGCCCCAGAAAAACGGGGCUGGGUCAUCAACCCUCUGGGAGUAACCAGCCCCUUCCCUGUGUGGAUGAUGGUCGCGAGCCUGCUGCCUGCCAUCCUGGUCUUCAUUCUCAUCUUCAUGGAGACUCAGAUCACCACGCUCAUCAUCUCUAAGAAGGAGCGCAUGCUACAAAAGGGCUCCGGCUUCCACCUAGACCUACUGCUCAUUGUGGCCAUGGGUGGCAUCUGUGCCCUCUUCGGACUGCCCUGGUUGGCUGCUGCCACUGUCCGCUCCGUCACACAUGCCAAUGCCCUCACCGUCAUGAGCAAAGCUGUGGCACCUGGGGACAAGCCCAAAAUUCAGGAGGUCAAGGAACAGCGGGUGACAGGGCUGCUGGUAGCCCUGCUUGUGGGCCUAUCCAUAGUUAUUGGAGAUCUGCUUAGGCAAAUACCACUGGCUGUGCUCUUUGGGAUUUUUCUGUACAUGGGCGUUACCUCCCUUAAUGGGAUCCAGUUCUACGAGCGGCUGCAUUUAUUGCUCAUGCCACCCAAACACCAUCCGGAUGUCACCUAUGUCAAGAAGGUCCGGACCCUCCGUAUGCACCUGUUCACAGCCCUGCAGCUGCUCUGCCUGGCCCUGCUCUGGGCGGUCAUGUCCACAGCUGCCUCUCUGGCCUUCCCCUUCAUCCUCAUCCUCACAGUGCCACUGCGCAUGGUGGUGCUCACCCGGAUCUUCACCGACCGAGAGAUGAAAUGUCUGGAUGCAAACGAGGCAGAGCCGGUGUUUGACGAGCGGGAGGGUGUGGAUGAGUACAAUGAGAUGCCCAUGCCUGUGUAGCUGCCGGCUGGGGAGAUCAGCCUGUGGGACUGAUGGACAGAGGGACCAGGGGCUGGGGGCUAAGUCUUGGAACUCCCUCUGCCUUCAUUUUUAUUUAAGUGAAUAAUUUAAAGUCCUCAACCUUGCAGUAAAGUGCUUU